UUGUGCACACCGGGACUUGAGGCACUUAACGUCUAACUAACGAUAAAUAAUUCAGCUCGCACAAUCAAGUGGUCAUACAAUCUAUAUAAACCCUUGUCAUGUUGAGAUAACCCGUAUCCUGCAACGUAUUGGCACCCGUUUGAAUAUCCUCUCGUGGGAACUGAUGGGAUGUUCAUGGACUUCUUUGUGAUCCUAUUGAUAGUUUUACACGACGUCUGCAUCUUGAACGGGAAAAAUCACCCAAGAAAACCCGGUUAAUCUUAUCUGUGGCCUUGGGAAAUAGUCGUAGUGGGGUCAUCGUGGGUCUGGCAGCAAAGGUUUAUUUAGGAAUAUCAAGGUCGGGUGUUGGCAGGAGCGCACUUCUAACGUGCUGCCUUGAACACCAUUUGUCUAGCACGUGUUUUACCGAGCCGGGGAGGACGUGGCAGACACACCGCCGCUCCCACAGGACACUUUCAGCACCGGAGAAGGGGACUCGAGGCUUCCUGUGGACUGACAAGCAGGGGAGAGGACCAAACCAGCCAGACUAACCCCGGACACGGCUGACAGGGUUACAGGUGCAGGGGACAGGUUACAAGUGCAGGGUUCAGCCGAGACACAGCCGCCCCACACACACGCCCACAGUCUCCCAGCAGCCCGGCACCAUGAUUUAUGUGGACCCCAAGGAUGUGGUGGUGCCCAGGAUAAACGACCUCUUGAAUAGGGACGGGUAUUUGAAGCCCUUCGAGAAUGAGAUCAAACGCAGGUAUGGCUGCUUCCAAGCACUGCUAAAGCAGAUUGAGGCAGGAGAAGGUGGAAUUGACAAGUUUUCUCGGGGCUAUGAGAAGUAUGGCAUCCAUGUCAACCCAGACAACAGCAUCACGUGCCAUGAGUGGGCUCCUCUUGCUCAGGGACUCUUCCUAAAAGGAGACUUUAAUGACUGGAACAAAAUUUCACAUCCCUUCAAAAAACUAGAGUUUGGAAAAUGGGAGAUACACAUUCCAGCAGCUCCUGACGGUUCAUGUCCAAUCAAGCAUAUGUCCCGGGUCAAGAUUGGUGUGUUGGCAUCUAAAAAUGAGAUUGGUCUCCUGACUCCAAAGGACACCAUGGAGGACAGGCUGUGCCCUUGGGCCACAUAUGUAGUUCAACCUCCCAAAACUGAAGGGACUGCCUACCAGCACCACUUAUGGAACCCGCCUGCACAAGAGAGGUACACCUUCCAACACCCUCGUCCUUCCAAGCCCAAGGGCUUAAAAGUGUAUGAGUGCCAUGUUGGCAUAGCCACUGAAGAGAGAAGGGUUGGCACUUACAAGGAGUUCACCACUAACGUUCUCCCACGAAUACUCAAACUUGGUUACAAUGCAAUCCAGAUAAUGGCAAUCAUGGAGCAUGCAUAUUAUGCCAGUUUUGGAUAUCAAGUCACAAGUUUCUUUGCUGCCUCAAGUCGGUUUGGCACACCUGAAGAACUGAAAGAGCUGGUUGACACUGCCCACUCAAUGGGGCUGUUCGUGCUCUUGGAUGUUGUCCAUUCCCAUGCCUCGAAGAAUGUGAUGGAUGGCCUCAAUGAAUUUGACGGCUCUGACUCAUGCUACUUCCAUGGAGGUUCCAGGGGGGUGCAUUCUUUGUGGGAUUCCAGGCUCUUCAACUACUCAAGCUGGGAGGUGUUGCGGUUUCUGCUGUCGAAUUUGAGAUGGUACCUCGAGGAGUACAAAUUUGAUGGUUUCCGGUUUGAUGGUGUCACCUCCAUGCUAUACCACCACCAUGGUAUUGGGGAAGGAUUCAGCGGUACCUAUGAAGAAUACUUUGGCCUCAGUGUAGAUACCGAAGCUCUGGUGUACAUGAUGCUGGCCAACUACAUGCUACAUAAGCUGAACCCAGAAACCAUCACAAUUGCCGAGGACGUGUCUGGGAUGCCCGCCUUGUGUCGCCCAGUGGAAGAAGGUGGUGGAGGGUUUGACUACCGACUUGGCAUGGCAAUUCCAGACACUUGGAUCAAGCUUCUAAAAGAAAAGGCUGAUGAUGACUGGAACAUGGGAAAUAUUUGCCACGUCUUGGAAAACCGACGUUACCAGGAGAAGACUAUCGCUUAUGCUGAAUCCCAUGAUCAGGCACUGGUUGGGGACAAGACUAUUGCUUUCUGGCUAAUGGACAAAGAAAUGUACACCCACAUGUCCAAAUUGUCUGGCCCAACUGUCAUCAUUGACAGAGGUAUUGCCCUGCACAAGAUGAUCAGACUUGUCACCCAUGGCCUGGGUGGGGAGGGCUACCUCAACUUUAUGGGGAAUGAAUUUGGACAUCCUGAGUGGCUUGACUUCCCAAGGAUAGGCAACCAAGAGAGUUACCACUAUGCCCGAAGGCAGUGGAGCGUGGUGGACAAUGACCUCUUGAAGUACAAGUACCUGAAUAAUUUUGAUGCUGCAAUGAAUAAACUGGAGAGUGUGCAUGGUUGGCUCAGUGCUGACCCAGGCUACAUCAGCACAAAGCAUGAGGGAGACAAAAUUAUUGUCUUUGAGCGUGCAGGCUGUGUCUUCAUAUUCAAUUUUCACCCCAGCAAGAGUUACAGUGACUACAAGAUUGGUGUGGGUGUCAAUGGGAAGUAUAAGAUUGUUUUAGACUCUGAUUCAGAGGAGUUUGGUGGCCACAAACUGAUUGACCACAAUACGGAUUUCUUCACCAGUAAUGAUGGAUACAACAAUCGCCGCUACAGCCUGAUGGUCUACAUUCCAAGUCGAGUUGCUAUUGUACUAGCAAAGUUUGAUUGAUGUUUUUCCUGAAGUAGGUCCAAGAGGCAUGGUGGUGAUUGCAGUCAAGUGAAAGAGGCAUGGCAUCUCGCCACCAUAAACUUGUACCAAGAUCAUGUAAAUUUCACCAAGUUAGUAGCAACUAAAGAUAUUGUACAUACUGUUUUUUAGUAGUUAAUUAUUUAGAUGUAUGUUUGUGUUAAGGCCUUAAGAAUAUAUUUUCAUUAUAUAUUGUUGGUUAUCAUUGCUGGAUAGCAUUUUAUUUAAAUAGACAGUUGUAGUUCAUUUUGGCUGAAAAUACACAGUACAGUAAAGUAUAAAGACAGAAUUAUGAAUACUCAGGCUAAGCAUGCUAACUUAUCUCUUUUAAUUCUGAGCAUUAUUAUGUAACACUGGGACUAGAACACUUUAAAAUAAUCUUGGAUAUAUUGUUAAUUUGCACCUAAAAGAGUGCUAAAGAUUGUCAGGCAAAGUUUAAGUUUGGGGUUGAUUGAAGAUCUGGACAGCAUGUGGGUGUUCAUCCACCACUCAGUGAUGGUUGAAAAUUGUCAUCUGCUUGCAAUGGAACUUGAACUCUGGUCUUUAGGAUUAUCAUGUCCAUGCACUAACCACUAGACCAUAUCUAGAUUGGUGGCAUCCAAGAGAUUUUACCCAUUGAUUACUGUCGUACUUUAGGUUUUGGGCUGGUGGUAACCUUGGAAUGAAUCACUCUUACUCAAGGACAGAAGCAGCAUUGUUUGAGAGUAUGACAGCAUUUCUUUGAACUGGUUUUGCUGAGAUAUAAGCUUAUAUCUAGUCAGUUUUCUUACUAAUAAAGGUUAGCUGUCUAUCUCAAAAUGAAGACUCCUUCCCUUUUUUUUUUUUUUUCCCAUAAUGUCAGGCAUUUAUUAUAAAGGCAUAAGGGUAUUAAAUUAUUUUUUUAUGUGUGAAGUUGUAUUGAAGAAGAGAUCAAUCAAUUAUAUAACAAGAGAUAAACUUUAGUAUAUCUUCAUACCACAACAACCACAUAGGAAUUUGAAUUUGGCACUGCCAAAUCAAUACCUAAACUGCACCAUUCCUCACCUUUGAACCAGCAUAGAUCUAAAUAUAAGUUAUGCCUUUCAGGCAGUGUGUUUAUGAACAUUGACCAAAGCACUAGCAUAUCUGUAAGGAAAAUAAUUAAGAUGAAACCUUUUUUAUGCCUUUUUUUUUUCUUUUUCAAGAAAUAUGGAAAUAUUACCCAGACAAGGGUUUGGUCCAGCUACUGAAACAAAGUUCUUCCAUCUAGCAGCAGAUUGUGCAAACAUUGGAAACUAUUCUAUUCCUGACUUACUUAGAAUUUUGCAGUCAAGUAUAGUAAGGAACACUUCUUGACUCUCUUAAAGCACACAGUUGCAGCUCCACCCUUCCUUUAACCUAUGCAGUAUAAUCAGAAAGUAACAGCUUGCCUCCCUUCUGGUGUUGGCAAAUUUUUUAUCCUUAUUUUUUAAUUAAUUAAUUAAUUAAUUAAUUUAUUUAUUUAUUUUGUUUCAAAAAUAGGGCAAUAAUAACACACAUUGAUGAUAAUACAUAAUAGUAGUACUUACUGGCCCAUGAAUUUAGUAGUUUUGACCCUUCCAAGGCUGGGAUUUCUCAACCCUAGAGUGCUUCACUUGACAUAUUUGGGUGGGAAUCAACUUGCAUCUGUGUACCAUUGUCUGUGCCUAUUUUACAGAAUUUAUUUUUAUUUUUCACAAGUGCAACACAUCUAUCUAUCAUAUUUGCAUGUUGUAAUAGAUAUGUGUUGUGGAAAGUAUUGGUUGUGACUAAUUUUUGCUUCUUUAUCGCUUGCACUAAUAUAAACGGCACAUAUUUUUUCCAUUUAUUUAUAUUUGUGGUGCCUAAUUGUUUGCACAUCUACUUAUUAUAUACAAGCAUCUAUUUCAUGCUUCUGUCAUUGUUCACAGACACCCCCAGUCUCUCUAACUUUACACUAAUAGCUUUGUAGAGUGUGGUAGUCAGUGAAGCACUCAAACAAACAAUUGUCAGUGCUUCAAGCCCUCUAGGGAAAAUGUAUGGGAAGCAUACAUGUGUGGGAAGCUAGCAAUCCACACAGCAUCAGUUUUUGUAAUGGCAAAUUGGGUGGCAUACCUGUUACACCAAUAAUCCAUGAUGUAAAAAAUUAGCACUGUAGUUGUUAUUUUGAUAACGCCUUUGGGGUGUAUAGCGGCAUAGCUGUUAAGCCGAUAUUGUCUGAGGGGGUAAAUAUUAGCAGCAUAGCUGUUAUAUUGAUAACGCCUGAAAAAAGAGGUAAAAUUUAGCAGCAUAGCUGUUAUGCUGAUAUCGCUUGAUUAUGUAAAAAUUACCAGCACCGAUAGCACUGUGUAGGUUAACUCAACCAAUUCCUUCAUAGUGAACUUUGUGGUAAAAUGAACUGCCACAACUAUUGUUAUAUUGUUACUUUUAUUGUAUAAUUUUCAUUAUUAUUUGUACAGGAAACUUCAGUUAUUUAACAUUUUUUGCACCUUUUCAUUAUUUUGAAUCACAGUUUCUGCCAUUUUGAUAUUAAUUUUCAAAAUUCACGUCAGAUGUCCACUCGCCACCAGCUAGUGCUGUUUGUAAGUAGUCGAGUAGAGAGGUUCUGCCUCACACUCACAUUGUCUUCCCUGCUAAUUUGACCAUUAUGAACAUUACUAUCAUGGCUCAACCCAAGACUUCUGCCACUACUCCUAGCAAGCGCUGCCAUGUGCUGCCAGCCCUCAUCAAAUGUGGAAGCUAUUUGAAGGCAUGAAGCUGGUAAUGGCUACACCACAUUAGCUAGAUUUAAAUAUUAUGAGGUCAUUUUUGUCAAUAAUUUUGAAGCAGAAGGACAAGAACAAGCAGUUAGCCUCUACUUGCACUGGCCCAAGCAUCCUAAUACUCACUAGGACAUAGGAUUCUAGGGUAGUUAAGCUGGUACCAUGGAUUGAAGACAACACAGCCAAAUCAGUGGGUUGUGUAAACGUAUUAAAAACAAAAAUACAGUACUACUACUACUGCACAUAUUUAUUUUCAGACUGCAUGUCAGUCAUGCUCCCAACUACCAGCUGGUAGUACAGAUGUAUAUACUGCCUUUUUUAUUCAUCGUUAUUAUGUUACAAAUAAAGGACAUUAGAAACAUUCCUUCUGUUUAAUAAACAAAGGUGUAAAAUCACAAAAUAUUCACAUAAUUUUCAUAUUUAUUGAUUUUUGUGAGUCAGGGAGGUGGUCAAGAACCUACCCUCUUAUUUUACAUGUAAUUCCUAUGGGAAAAACAGGUUCAUAAUGUGACAGGUUUGCUGUUUGUCUACUUUCUUUUGAAUUAUACUGUGGCAAGUUGCAGGGGUUUCCUGUAUUUAUAUUAUUUUGAUUAUUAUUAUUAUUAUUAUUAUUAUUAUUAUCAUUGUAGUUAUUACUUUUAUGCUUUAUAUUGCGUCUACCACUGAUGGCCUGAUGUUUGACCAGUUGACCACAAAGAAGUGGAACGGAAUUUUACUCAGUUAGUUGUAGUUAGUUUGGCUUUGUGUAAUAUGAAAUGUAAAAGUUAUAUUGAUUUUACUAAUUACAGGUUAACUAGAACAUAAUGUAUUGACCUUGGCUUAUUGGCUUUAUGAACACAACAGGGUAUAAAGUUGUAUAUUGUGUGCUCAGUUGAUGUAGCCAUUAAUUUAUAAACCAUGCAAUUCUUUCAUUGUUUGUUGCCAAACUCCUUAGACAGUUGGACAUUACUUAUUUUUAAAAACUAAAUAAAAUAUUUUUUUGUUUUAACAA